AUGUCCGAGUCCGGGGGUUUGAACCCUGAGAGGAUCCUACGGUUAGCCUCCAUGGUCCUGAUGGUGAUGACUUUGCGAGAGCGAUCAGCGAAUGUGGGUGACCAGAACCAGGCUGCCCUGGCGUUUCCAGAGCCAGGCUCAUCGGAAGGCAGUUAUGGACAUCCAAACCUUUGCAGUCGCCCAUGCGUCCUUUUCCUUCGAGGAACUUGUGAGGAGGGUGCUGGCUGUGGGUUUUGCCACUCUGCACAUCUUCAGAAACCUGCAAGCUUCGACAAGACACAAAGGAAGAUUGUGAAGUCGUGGUCUGCGGUGAAGUUGCUUGAAGCCAUUCUUCCACACUUGCGGGCCAAAGUGAAAGCAAUCCAUCAUCCAGGAGCAGGAGUGCUUUUGGAGCUGCUUCAACGCGAGCUGGCCCUUCGUGGCCCCACUAAUCACAGCACUGGGACCGCCGGCGUCCCUAGCCAGAUCCACCGUGUUCUAGCUCGCAUGAGCGUAGUGGCUUUGGUGGGCAUCCUUGCCUCCAAGCUGAAGGGCCCUGUUGCUGUGCUUCUGAAGGAGGCAUUGAUUGACUUGCGUAAGCAGGUCGCAGACCCUUGA